AUGAUCCGCUCUGGAUGUCAAUCCCUAGGAUAUCCAUCGUGCGACCAUGACGACGUGUUGAACCAACUCUCCAACUCUGCAGAGAAAUUGAACCAACCAGGCUACCUGUCUGUCCUCCGCCACUCCACCGAGUCGCGCGGCUCUGUUACACGAUGGGAUACCCGCAGAGGCACAGCUCUUCUGUGCCCUGUAUAUCAAUAUUGGGCAUCGCGCAUGAUCGACGGUAUAAAAGGCAUAUAUUAUGAUAUUCCACAGGCUUUACGCCAUCUUGCACAGACCGAUCACCAGCCGAUGUGCAUUACGUGGCUGGAAACUAUGGGAGAUAUGCAAAUGGAAUGCUAA